AUGACAACUUCCAAAAGAGAUGUUUAUUUGUCUUAUAGUUUUGAGAAGAGUAAUACAAUAGAAAUUAUAAAAUAACUUUUAGAAUAAUGUCAGCUUUUUAAAAUUAUAGGAAAUAAGGAAUCUAUCAUACUACUUUUAGAGUUUUCAUGUUAAGAAGAAAUUUUGAUUUCAUGCAAUAGUGACAAAACUAUUCGAAUAUGGAAUGUUGAGCUUUAAAUUUAAUUUUAUUGUCUUGAUGGAUUUAAUUAAAGUAUUAGUUCACUCUCUAUCUCCCCAGAUGGAAUUAAGUUUGCAGUUGGCUUUGAUGAUGGCACAUUAUCCAUCUUUAAGUUUUUCAAAUAAUAAUAUUCUUUAGAAAAGCUGAAAAAUUAAAUUUAAUCAUAGAAAAACAUUGAUAUUUAGGUCAAAAAUAAAAAUACUUCAAAAUCAAAAACUAUUAAAGAAACAGAAAUAGAAAUUGUAGGAGCUAUGUCUUAUAAGAUUUUUUCUAAAUAACCUCAAAUUUAAGCCAUGAAUUGUAUAAUAAACCCAUCCACUACUAUUAUAGAUAAUUAAGGCAAGUCUCUUUUAUAGUUAUUCAAAUAAAAAGGGGCUAUUAAUGAAGAAUAGAAAAAAAAGAAAUGA